UUUUGGUUGAAUUUUGAUUUGUUGUUUUCUUCAAUCAAAUGUGUUUGAUUUACUUAUUGUGUUUUUGCUAAUAAAAUUUAAUCUAUUUAAUUGUGAAAAGUAUUGUUAAUUAGAUAAUUGAAAGUGCAUCUUGCGGGAAUAAAGUAUUAAUUUAACCAUUUUGGUAACAAUGUCAUUGAUUUGUGGUUUGAGUAACGAGGUACCAGAGACUCCUGUUGUCUCACCGGUUUCUGGUUCUAUUUUUGAAAAACGUCUAAUUGUUAAAUACAUCAAUGAACAUGGAAACGAUCCUAUCAAUGGAAGCGAUUUAACUGAGGAUAUGCUGAUUGAGAUCAAGGGUCCAUCGAUUGUAAAACCGAAAACACCUUCAGCGACCAGUGUUCCAGCGAUUUUGAAAACUCUCCAAGACGAAUGGGAUGCCACAGUUCUCCAUGCUUUUACUCUUCGUAAACAAUUACAAGCAGCAAGACAAGAAUUAUCUCAUGUAUUGUACCAACAUGAUGCUGCCUGUCGGGUUAUUGCUCGUCUUACCAAAGAAGUGACAGCCGCUCGAGAAGCUUUAGCAACACUUAAACCCAAAACUGAUCCGAAUAUCUCAAUUCAAAGCGUAUCUAACAAUAGCUUCAACAAUGGAGAUCACUCGAUGGAAGAAUUACGACCUGAAGUUGGCAUUACUCCUGAUAUUCUAGAGAAACUUGAUAGCAAAGCAGCCGUGCUAACGGCAGAGCGGAAGAGACGAGGUAAAAGUGUCCCCGAAGGCUUAGUAGAUAUCGAUACUAUCAGAGAGAUGAAAACAGUUGCCUCGCAUACAGGUCUUCAUUCAGCUAGUACAGCGGGUAUUGUUUCUUUUGACAUUUGUCCUCUUGAUGAUUCCAAAUUUCUCACUGGUGGUAAUGAUAAAGUCGCUAUCGUUUUUGACAAGAAUGCCGGUCAAGUUGUAACUACACUGAAAGGUCAUACCAAAAAGGUAACUUCAGUUAUCUACCAUCCUAAUCAAACAACUGCGAUCACUGCCUCACCUGAUGCAUCCAUUCGUGUAUGGAACUUGGCCAAUUCCAAUACUACUCAUGUUGUCUCAGCCCAUGAAGGUCCAAUUACCGCGAUUAGUUUACAUGCGACCGGCGAUUAUCUUCUUAGUACUUCAACCGAUGAGUUUUGGGCUUUCUCUGAUCUCAAUGCGGGUGUCAUGUUGUGCCGUGUUGGUGACCCUAGUUCAGCACACGCUCUGACCACUGCUAAAUUUCAUCCUGAUGGUCUGAUUUUCGGUACGGGAACAACAGAUUCCGUGAUGAAAAUUUGGGAUCUAAAAGAGAAAAGUAAUGUUGCCAAUUUCCCUGGACACACUGGUUCCAUUUCAGCCAUGGCUUUUUCUGAAAACGGUUACUACUUGGCCACUGCUGCCGAAGAUUCAACAGUCAAAUUGUGGGAUUUGAGAAAAUUAAAAAACUUUAAAACAAUCGUUCUCCAAGAUAAUUAUCAAGUGAAAGAUCUUUAUUUCGAUAACAGUGGUACCUAUUUAGCUGUUGCUGGAACCGAUGUCAGAAUAUAUCACACGAAACAAUGGGAUAAUCUCAUUACCUUCGAAGAUCACACUGGACUGGCAACUGGAGUUCGAUUUGGUGACAAUGCUAAAUUCUUAGUCUCUACAUCAUUGGAUCGUUCACUUAAAAUAUAUUCGUCAUCCUAAUACAGUCAACUACCUAAUUUUGUCCGUUUUUGUACGGCCGAUUUCGAGAGCGAGCAAUUCGAAAGGGUUAAAACUAAUUAAAUUUUUCGAUUACAAAAAUUUAACUUAUUUAAAUCUUUUAAAUAACCAGAAAUUUAACUAAAAAUAUUGAUUUCGAUUUUUUUAAAAUCAAUUUGAUAAGAUUUAAUUAAGACAAUGGGGGGAUAGUUCCGAUUAAGAAGAUGGAAGCAUCGAUCGAUCGGACAAUUUUAGGUAGGACAUAAUCAGAUAGUUGACUGUAACUCCAAAACUCUUUCAUCAUCAACUAAUGAAUAAGAAGAAACAAAAUAUAACAGGAUCAAGUUAACAAAAUCCACUUCAGCAAUUGAUCCAAUUUGUGUCUUUGUUAUACUUGUAAUAUACCCGAACUGAAUUAAGCGAAACCUUCCCAUACGAUUCCUAAGACCCAAAUCUGAGAGAUUAACCUCAACCACACAAAACCAAAUGAUCAUGAAUAAAAUAAAGUCAAUCAAGACUUUCAACAUAAAUAUUAAAACAUCAUUUAUAACAAAGAAAA